AUGUAUCGUCAGUUGCGCCCAAGUCGUUCGAGAGUGUGGUCACGUCACGUUUCGUUGCGAAAGAAGACUUCUAAAAUGAAGAAAGGCAGAUCUUUAAAACUAUUAAAUAUGGCAACUAAUGUAAUACAGGGUCCAGAUUCAAAUCCGCUAAAUUCAGCGGAAACUGAAGUAGAAAAAUCAGAUAAUGAAUUGAUACUGUUGAGUCAGAUGCAGAACGAAAAUGUCAGAGAUUCAGAGUUGCUUUUACCGACCAGUAACAUUGUUCAAGAUGAUUUAAAUAAAUUUCCAACAGCUGAAGGGACUAUCGAAAAUAAAGAAAAUUUAUUAUCGCAUAAAAGGAUUAGUAGAGAAUUAAAGACAUCUGAGCUUAAUUAUUAUUGUGAGGAGGAAUCUCCUAAACUAUCCCCAAUAGUUUCAGAUCAAUAUAUUUUUGACUCUGACGAUUCUGUCAAAGACAAAGAUUAUAUACCGCCUACCGAUUACAAAAGAAACCGCUCCUAUUCCGAUACCGAUUCUCAGGAAGAAUUUAUUGAUAAUAGUCAAAAUGUAAUAAUCCCAGAAUCACCAGAGCAGGAAGAAAAUUAUUUAUUAUAUACUAAAAAAAGGAACUAUAAGAAAGAGAAAGAGAUAUGA